GUCGAGAACUCCGUGUCUACAGCUAAUUAUGACGCUCUGGUGGCUUCAGCAUUGCACGUGUCAAUGAAGGAAGGUGCCAUCGAUCCCGAAGCUACAACACGCAUUCUUCUACCAAGGGAUACGAAUUCAUGGAGCAUCAACAACACAGUCAGAAAACACAAGCUCUGAACAGCCAGAUCAAUGACUCAGUUCCCAGCUGGAAGGAACUAACCGCAGCUACAAUGGAUCCAACACAGAUGUUGCAAUUGAGCGAAAAUCUAAAGUUUCUCCCAGUGCCGACCGCGACCGAUGAUCUCGAGGCGACAAUGAAGAAAAUGGAAGACCUAGCACAAAUAGUCGCGCAGGGAAACAGUCUGGCACUCUUCACCGGGUUGGCGCUGGCCUCGCAAACAACCAGAGACACAGAGUCCUUAGCCAAGGAACAAUUGUCGCCCGAAGAGACCGCCCUAUAUGAGGCAUGGCAAGCAAGGAAGGCAGACCCCAACCUCGCUGGAAGCCCUCUCCCGAGCUUCGAUUGGAACGCGAAUGUAGCUCCAAUCCCUGAGGGAGCGCAGAGCCUGAAGAACUUCACCAAGCGGGCGGCAGCCAUGGAUGUGAUCUUCGAGCACCAGGGCGCUACGCCGGAAAAUGCUUCAUGGCUGACCACGCACAUGCCCGAAGUCUUGCCUCUGGUCAAAGCCGUGACCAAGAUCGCCAACGUCAAGCAGAGUCUCGCUGCGCAAAACCAGGCUCAAUAUCGCGGACUGACCGACAUGGAGGCUGCCGAGGUUGAGACAGUCCGCAAGAUUGUGGCCAUCGCAGAGACAAACACAAACCGCGAGCUGGAAAGGAUGCGUCGAUUGGCCCGGUCGAUCAGAGAGGCUGCGUCGAUCAUUAAAUCACGCGCAGAGGCUCUACAGAACUCUUGAAUCCUUGGUUCAAUCAUGCAAAGGGGA